AUGAAGCAGAGGAGCGAGGUGGCCAAGGUGACUGAGCACGUGAUUAAGCGGUUGGAGCUGCAAUCCGGGAAGAAGUUCAAGACGGUGCGGACGGAUCGGGGGAAGAAGUAUGUCAACACGGCUCUCAAUAACGUGUUCGGGGGCAAGGGAACGAUUCACGAGAAGACCGCCCACUACACAGCCGAGCAGAACGGGUCGGCAGAACGGCUCAAUCGGCAAAUGGAGGAGAAGGUCCGGGCGAUGCUCGAAGAUUCGGGGCUACCCAAAGAGAUGUAUGAGCCGGCCUCCAAGGCGUACAAAGUGCUCCGGGAAAGCGACGGAAGGAUCAUGAUCUCCCGGGACGUCAUUUUUGACGAGGGCGAGGGGGUCAACGGAGUUGUUGAGCUGGGCUCCGACCCCACGAAGGGCUCCCCAGAGGCAGCCGGCGAGCGCGACACCGCGCCCGCGAUCGCGCCUGAACAUGCGCACACGCCUGCGACCAACCGCGGACGCGUCGCACGCACAAUUUCCGAAACCGACCAAAUUGGGCAUGUUUUGGAAACGGUGGGAGAGAGCAGAGCAGAGCUGGAAGAGAUUGCGAACGACUUAAGGAUGCCAACAUCGGAUGCUCAGAGGUACCGCGCGUGA